CCCGCGUGUGAUGUGAACUGACGUUGCCGACCUGUAUGUGACGAUGGAGUACGGUUGGGUGUUGGAUGAGGAUAGCGCAGACAGCGCCUGCCAACAGCACCACCACCAACAACACCAUCACCACCAACAGCAGCAGCACCAACCACCACCACAGGUGCGCCGCAUCAACCCCACAGGCCAGAGCGACUUCACGGACAGCGAAGCGCUGUACAUCAGCCAGUUGGCAGAGUUCAUCAACGAUGUCAACGACACCAAUACCAACUACUUCACGGAGAUGCUGACGCCGGAGGCCAGCCAGCAAAGGGUGCUGGCGGCUGCAACGGCGGCGGUGGCAGACCCCAGUGGCAGCCCCUCACACCAACCACCCAGCAGGAGGGUGCCUGCAUCCCCCCAGCAACAGCAGCAGCAACAACAGCAACCACCACCUCCACCUCCACCACUUGCAGCCUAUGCCCACCCUCACAGCUUACCAGACAGCCCCCCAGAUUCUGGAUCUGAACCACCGUACUCCCCUCCAGAUCCAACGACCAGGACAUCUCAUCAAAAACAGCCAUCCCACGCACAGCCUAUAUCGAGUGUUAGCCUGGCACAGGAAUUGUUGCUUCAUCAGCCCCACCUACAUUCACACCAGCACCACAGUCAGCCAUCUCCAGCUCCUCCAUUGUUCAUGCCACACAUCGGACUACCAGGUGGCAAGGUACCACAACAGACUCUAGCAGUGGGUCAUGUGGGAGAAGCAGCUGCUACUGCUGCCUUGCUUGUGGCACAACAGCAACAGCAGCAGCAGCAACAACAACAACAGCAACAGCAGCAGCAACAAACUCCUGCCAGCCCGCGGCCUGCUUCGUCCACAACACCAGCUCAGCAGCAGCAAAUACCAGUCAUUGCAGGUCUGGUGCCUGGACCCCCCACACUGGCUCUCUCCCCGGGUGGAGACCACGUGACUGCCGUGUAUUCUGACCUGCAAGCCACGGCAUCUGCAACCCCACAGCCCCCCCUCCCAAAGAAGAGGCGCCUUAAUGAGGAUGGCCUGCUUGUGAAACAAGAGCCAGAGUUGUCACCAGAUUCCAACUCAAAUCAAACAACAUUUUUGGAUGAUGAAUACAGUUUAGAUGUAUCUGGAGAUUCUGGAAUGUACCAGCAAUGCAUUCGAUUCCAACCUUUCCAGCAGACAUCUUGGCAUAUGUUGUGUGAUCAGAAUCUCAAAGAACUGGGUGUAACAACAUACCGGGUUGAUGCUGAUAAGGGUUUUAACUUCUCAAACCCAGAUGAAGCCUUUGUGUGUCAGAAAAAGAAUCAUUUUCAAAUUACUUGUCAUGCACAACUGCAAGGUGAUGCCCAGUUUGUGAAGACAGCUGAAGGGCUUAAGAAGAUUAGCAGCUUCCACUUGCACUUCUAUGGAGUGAAAGUUGAAUCUCCAUCACAGACAAUCAAAGUUGAACAGUCACAGAGUGACAGAAGCAAAAAGCCAUUCCACCCUGUGCCGUUUGACCUGCAGGGGGGAAAGCAGAACAAAAUGACUGUUGGUCGGUUGCACUUCAGUGAAACUACAUCCAACAACAUGCGCAAGAAAGGAAAGCCAAACCCAGAUCAACGGUAUUUCUACCUCGUGGUGGGCUUGCAUGCACACACUGCUGAUGGUGCCAAUUACCCAAUCAUUUCCCAUUCAUCAGAACGCAUCAUUGUCAGGGCCUCAAACCCUGGCCAGUUUGAGAGCGACGUGGAGUUGAGCUGGCAGAAGGGCCACACGCCAGACUCAGUCUUCCACACAGGUCGUGUGGGCAUCAACACAGAUCGGCCAGAUGAGGCUCUGGUCGUGUAUGGAAAUCUUAAAGUUACUGGCCACAUCAUGCAGCCCAGUGAUCAGAGGGUCAAGGAAAGUGUACAGGAGUGUGAUACUCGUAAACAACUCCACAAUGUGAAGCAGCUUAGAGUAGUGAGAUAUUGUGUAGCACCAGAAUUUGCUCAGCAUGCUGGCCUUACAGGAUUAGAUGUAACAAGCUGUACACCUGUAGUUGAUACUGGUGUCAUUGCUCAAGAGGUGCAGCAAGUAAUACCAGAUGCAGUCCGACCGGCUGGGGACAUUGUUCUCCCUUCAGGGCAACGUAUUGAAAACUUUCUUGUUGUAAACAAGGAACGCAUCUUUAUGGAAAAUGUCGGUGCUGUGAAGGAACUGUGCAAAGUCACUGAUAAUCUUGAAACAAGAAUUGAUGAACUGGAAAGAAUGAACAAGAAACUUGUCAAAUUAAAACGCUUGGAUAGUCUGAAAAGCACAGCCAGUAGCAUCUCAACAGUAACCAGUAAAGCAACGAACAUUUCCGUGAGACAUAGGCGCUGUCAUCACAAGGAAGAAGUUGACUCAUUGCCAUGGUCCAAUAAAUUCAUCCAGAUAACAAUCAUAGUAUUAGUUCUAAUUAUGGCACUGUGCCUUGUGGCAAUGGCAACGUUAUAUUUUCUGGAAAUACAAAGGAGGCCUCUAGGUAACUACUACCAUGGGAAAAAUUCAAGUCAUCGUCAUUCUCAUGCACAUUCAGUAGCACCUGCAGCAGCCUUCAGUACAAGGAUACUAGAUCCAAAGGUCCUUCCAACUGCUGUACCUGUUCCUGGCACUGGGUUACCUAAUAACAUCUUGCCACCUGCGCCCAUGAUGCCUGAAAGUAUUCAACGAGUUCCUAAAGCCAAAUUGUUGGAUCCAUCUGGCAAAAGCAGUACAGAAGCACUGGGCAGUGGUUCCAGGCAACCUGUGUUUGCUCCUCUCUCACUGUCAACACCCACUCUGGAUGUCGCCACACUUCCUCACAACUGGAAAGUGGAUCCUCCUGUCAAUAACCAUGUCAGUGGGGAGUUCAUUGACCCACCACUAACUGGCUCACGGCUUACACCAUCACCGAUUGGAAGGCCACCGCAUUGCACAAGUGAUGCAGAGAUGGAACCUAAUCUGUGUUAUCCUAUUUGUUGUGAUGCUUCUCAUUAUGAGAACAUGGACCAGCACAUUGACGUAUUUCCUGCAGUGUCAAGUGGGAGUGGACAAACUCCACUUUCUUCUUAUCGUUAUGUGCAUUUCGACCACACCAUGAAACCAUUUGUCACAGAAACAGCAGUUACCGUUCCUGUCAUUCAUCCUAAGAUAGCUAAAAGCACACAUUCAGCACCAUCUCAGGAACCUACUCUGAGCUCUAUGGAGAAAGAGGGAAGUAAGCCUAAAUCUGCCAAGCGGAAUCAAAGAGAGGCAGAUUACCUGAAUGAAGUUACUGCUGAGACUGAGCAGCCCACAAUAAGCUUAGUGGGAACCAAUUUCAAUCAGACAUUGACACCAGCGUUCCUUUAUGAAAAUGUUGACCUGUUUUCAAAUGAUUUGAGAGCAUGGAACCACACUUACAUAAUACCACUGAGUAAAUAUUUGACUGAUAACUACAUUGAGCUACGUUUUCAGCACACCCAACAAGUGGAAGCCUGCAUUGUGGGGGAGCCAAGGUCAGUGUGUCCCAGAGCACUGGGUGGUUCUGACCUCAGAGCACCUGAUGAGCGGAUGAGUGAGGUCCAAGCCCAGGGUCCUAGCCAAGUUCAAGCUCCUGCACAGGGGCAGAUGCAAAUGCAGGAGCAAGUGUUCCACAUCCCAGUGCGGUCUUUUGUCCGAGCAAUGUACCGUUAUCGAAUUCCUACUAUAAGGCCUCUCACUAAGCUGUGCACGCGAUCAGCUGAAGUCCCUGAACUUACUUUCUUCGAGUACAAUUUUGUUUUCUAUAGAGAUUGUGCUGAGUGAUGUACAUGGAGCAUUUAAUACUCAGAGUUGACAUACAAUUUGUGGUUGGUAUGUGGCAAUAAAAGAGAAUUGUAUCGUUGGAAAUGAGCUCUAAUAUGUUACCUAUAAACUCCCCUAAGAGUGAUAUAAGUUGAGUGCUAUUUUUCAAUUAUCUUUUAGCACUGUUACAGUAAAACUAAGUUUCAGUCCCAAAAAUAUAAUAAGGAAUUGUAUACAAGAAUGCUGUGUGAUAUACCUCAGAACUGACACUAUACGAUUUUUCUUCUUAGAACAAUAGCCAUGACAACUUUCAGUAAGUAAGUUUUUAAAGAGAUAAAUAAAGAAAACAUAUGUGUUCCUGGUGCAAUUUUAAACACUCAUGGACUACAUCAGUACAGUGAAGCUAGAAUGCGUUAAACUGAGCAGCAACCUGAUGUAUUCUAGCUGAAUUUUAUAUUUGUGUCAUGAUCUGUUAGUUGUUAAUAUAAUAUCUUAUUCAUCUUCAUAAACUCCAUUGUUUACAUACACAUUACAAUGAUGUAAAUAUUUGUAAGACUAAGUAAUGUUCUAUGUAAUGUAUAAUGUAUAUUCUCACAUUUUUGUAGUUUAGUCUUGAGUUUUUUGGUCUGUCUAUCAGAUUCAACAAUAAUAUUUUGGAAGCCGAAGCACAGUCUUGUACAUGUUUUGCAUUAGUUUCCUAUACAACAAUUUAUUCUUCCAUUUUUAUUUGCUGAAAGUAUCUAUGUAUGCAAUAUUCUUUUAGUUUUUGAACAGUGCUGAUAUAUUUAGACUGUUAUGUCACCAUAUACCUUCAAACAUGGACUUCAUUUUGAAUCGUAUUCAUGCCAGGAACAUCAAUAUAUGUAUGCACCCAUUUAUUAAUAUCUGGCAUUCAUUUUACAUAAUCAGUUGGACCAUUCCAUGCAGUGAUAAGAAUUGGACUGUACAUAAUGUAUUCUAAAUAUUUUAGGUGAAAGGAUUUCCACAGUGAUGAUAAGAAAUAUUGUACAUAUACACAUUUGAUUAAGUAAGAACAUUUUGUUCUAUUGUAUUGACAAAUAACAAUUUGGACAAAACCUCUGAUGUUCCAAAGUUUAAUUUAUUGAUAGAGAAUCAGUGUUUUGAAAUGUGCAAUAAUUCACUUAAUUUCAAUGUAUAUAAUUCAUCAUUAUCAUGAAUGUAAAUAGUCUUUCCAAGUUGUUGUCUGUGGAAAAUCAAUUUUUAUGGUAUACAGAAAAUGCCAUUAACUUAAGGAAUGAUGGUUUUCAUAUGUAUAAUAUUCAUUUUGUUGUUAUAGACUGGUUCAUUGCCCUGUAACUUCAGUUGCUAAAACUACGUAGCAGUUUCUGUAUAGAUUUAUAUAUGCUAUUAAUGUAGAAGGGGAAUAAUUUCUAAAAACUAGUAUGUUUUUUAACUUCUUCCUUUAAAUCCAAAACCAUUUCAUUUGUUUUACAGCAGGAGAUUUCAGUUCUAAUUUGUCUGACAUGACAUGGGGUUGCAUCAUAUUUCAUGUUGCUAAUGGUUCCUUGCUAAAAAAAAAAAAAAAAAGAAAGGGGGGGAGGGAG